UCAUGGUAGGAGGGUGUAGCAUAUUAACAUAAAUUAAUCCAACAUUCACAUGUUCAACACUGUGGUGAACAGCUUCCCAGCACUUUCUGUUGCCGCCGAUUUCUCAACUUACUGCUUUGUUGUUCACCAUCAGGAACAGUUACAGGAAUGUCGACACCCAUCUCAUCCAUCAUCGACCGUAUUGCUGCUGCAGGAACGGCCUACGAGAGCAAGCAAAUUGGCUCUCGCGAAUCCCUGAUUGAACUGAGCAGGGAUUUGAUAGCCACGCUAGAAAUUCCCAGCGAAUUCUUACAAAGGAGCUCUUGGGCAGAGGUAUGUGUGGAGAAAUUGCUCUACGGGCCUGUUUUGUUACUGACGAAUUCCAGUCAGCAUUGUCAGCACACUGCAAAUAUGCUGUACAAGUCAAGUUGUUCCAGCAUCUGAGAGAUGCCGGCGAUGAUGGCGUCGGUUCAGAAGAGUUGGCUGAGAAGACUGGGACCGACGUGCUGUUGCUCGAACGCAUAAUGCGCCAUCUCAUCGCCAUGAAGAUGAUCACAUUCUUCAAAGGUAGAUUCUUCGGCACAGCAUUAAGCCAUGGGCUUGCAGCCGACAAUUACCAGCAAAGCAUCGACUUCUGCUACGACGUGGCCCGACCAGCCUUCAAUGUCUUCCCUGAACACUUCAAGAAGGCUGGCUACAGACCACGUAUAACCUUCACCAAUGGACCUCUCCAGGCGGCUCAUGGCACUGAUCUACCUUUCUUUGAUUGGCUUGUUGCCACGCCUCCACACCUCGAAGAAUUCGAUGCUUUCAUGUCGGCGUAUCGGGCUGGCAAAGCAGACUGGUGUAGUCCAGGCUUCUAUCCAGUAGAAGAGCAGCUGAUCCAGGGGUUCGAUCCUAGCAUUAACGAGGUGCUUCUCGUAGAUGUUGGUGGUGGUCGUGGUCACGAUACCCUUUCAUUUUCGGCUCAAUACGCCCACCCGGGCAAGCUUGUUUUGCAAGACCGUGAGGCAGUCAUCACCAGCAUCCAGGACAAGGAAGCACUUCCGUUCGGAUGUGAGGCUCACGACUUCUUCACACCUCAACCAAUACAGGCAGCAAGGGCGUAUCUGCUCCAUUCAAUCCUUCACGACUGGGAUGAUGAGGCAGGUAUCAGAAUCUUGGAGAAUCUGAAGCCUGCACUCAAGGCUGGGUACUCUCGAGUGCUGCUUAACGAGAUUGUGCUUUCAGAAGAAAACCCAAUGAUUGCGGCCACUUCGAUGGACAUGAUGAUGAUGGCACAUAUGGGCGUGCGCGAGAGAACCGAAGUGGAGUGGAAGGCGAUUAUCGCCAAGGCAGGCUUGAGAUUUGUGCGCAUCUACGACUAUCCAGGCGUCGCAGAGAGUGUUAUCGAGGCAGAAUUAUUGUAAUAGACAAGUGUGUCGGUUGAGAAGAGAGAUGUUCUUUGUGUGACAGAAGCGAG